ACAAUAUUUUACAGUACAGUACUUUCAAAGGCCAGAUCCGGUGAUCCGGCUUCGUUUGCUUACCUCUUUUACAUUAUCUGAUAUAUCUUAUUGAGUUCAUCCCGUCGGGAGUCCACUGUACUUUCCGCUCUCACUCCAACCACAUUCAACCGUUAUCAUCACUUUGACAAUCCUGGCGUCGCACCAUUAACAUGUAAUGUCAAAUAUUUGUGUGCAAGUGUAGGUGUUUUUGUGUGUUUGCUAUACCCCCAUAAAUCCCUCUGCCCUAAGAACUUCUAUAAACAAUGCAACCGAAUUCGGUUGGGGGGAAUUUUUAAAUCCCCAAAUGUAAAUUGCGGCGUUAGACAGGCCAAAUAAUCCGACAUCAAAAGCAAAAUAAUUCCAAGAAAAAUUACAUCGCAAACAGAAAGGGACACAGAAGAUUCAGUAAAUUGUCUUUUAUAGAGAUUUAGCUUCAAGUAAAACCCUCCGUACCAUUCCGCACUGUAGGGAAAGCGGCUUUAGCGUGUGAGUUAUUAUAAAAGCCAUAAACUAGGGGAAAAUACUUCAUUUUUGAUACUUUAUCGAAAUGCGACAGUCAAUUGGCCUCAACAAGGAGCAAUGACAUGAAAUGUAAUACUGCCCGACUAGGUGGGGGGUACUGAAAGGGAAUAAGUGCGGACGGACUACUAAGAGGGGUAAGAGUAAGAGUGUAAGCUGAGUGCUGGUCGACUAUAAAAGAGCUGGAACACAGGGGUAGACGUUUCAUUCGCACAGACAGAGCCAGCAGGAAAGCUUUAACACAGUACAUAACAUCCACAAGGACCGCACAAGGUCCGAAGCCAUGUCCCCACAGCCACAGUCACACCCACACACGACAGCAUCCUCCAUCAGUGAAGCAGAACAAGGAAAUUAAAGCCACAACGGAAAAAGCAAAGGACGAGCAACGAGACCGACUGAAGAAUAUAAUGGUAAAAUUGUCGACUCUGCGGGAUUGCGUGUGUGUUCGUGUGUGAAGUGCAGCCUGCUUGGGGACGCCUGUGUGUUUUAAAUUGAAUUUCCUUCAAAUUAGAAACUAAAUAGGGCUCGGAUUCUGCCGGAGAAGAUUGCCAACUAAAACGGAAAUAAAAGAGAAAAUAAGUAACGUUUAAACAAGAAUUUUGAGCGAGUCUUAAAGUGUGGCAUAGAAAUUGGACCUGUUGAACAAGAUUCUCCAACAAUCCAUCAAUCAUGUAUGGCAUGCUCUAUGAGAGUGUCCAGCACUAUGUGCAGGAGGAGUACGGCACACACGUUUGGAAGAAGGUCUGUAACAUCAUCGACUGCAAGCACAACAGUUUCAAGACCCACCAGAUCUAUCCGGACAAGCUGAUGCCGGACAUAGCGGCGGCCCUGUCCGCCUGCACGGGCGAGUCCUUCGACUCCUGUAUGAACUUCUUUGGGAAGUGCUUCGUCAGGUUCUUUAGCAACUUUGGCUACGACAAGAUGAUUCGCUCCACGGGCCGAUAUUUCUGCGACUUUCUGCAGUCCAUCGACAACAUUCACCUGAUCAUGCGGUUCACCUAUCCCAAGAUGAAGUCGCCGAGCAUGCAGCUGACCAGCAUGGACGACAAGGGGGCUGUCAUCCUCUAUCGGAGCAGUCGAACGGGCAUGUCCAAGUACCUUAUUGGGCAGAUGACGGAGGUGGCCCAGGAAUUUUAUGGCCUGCAGAUCAAGGCAUAUGUAAUCGAGAGCCAAAACGACAUCAGCGGCGGGACUGCGGGUCCCAUCAAGAUGACGGAUGGUCCGCUUACUGUCAUCGUAAAGUACCGCCUGGACUUCGACAACUCUGAAUAUAUGGCCAAGCGUGUGAACACGGAGGCACAUCCCUCGCAGCUGAAGAUGCCCACGGUGAAACUGGACGUUUUUCUGGACCUUUUCCCCUUCACCUUCGUCCUGAACCACGACAUGAAGAUUACACAUGCCGGGGAGAAGAUUGUGGAGACAUGGAUAAUGCACAAUCCUGGGGCUAAUCUCAAGGGCUUCAUAGGCACUCACGUGAUGGACCUGUUCCACUGUCGACGGCCCAAGGACACCACCAUCGAUUGGGACACAUUGAUCCAGAUGCGGGCGGUUCUCUUCGAGUUCGAGCUGAUCCGUACGGGGCAUAAUCGGGAUGCCUACGACGCAGCCCUGAACAUGGACUUUGAGAACUACGACGAGAUGGAUCUAAACGAGGCGCAGACCAUAGCCAUUACUAAGUCCAAGGAGUUCAAUGACGCACAUCCUGCCGAGGCGGAGCUGGCUGCUGGAGAGGACGAAAUCGAUCCGGCCACGGGUGAACGUCGCUCCUCCCAGGGUCUGAAAUCCAUUCUGCUCAAGGGUCAGAUGUUCUACAUAAAGGAUGUGGACUCGAUGAUUUUCCUGUGCAGUCCGUUGAUCGAGAACCUGGAUGAACUGCAUGCCAUUGGUCUGUACCUGAACGAUCUCAACCCGCAUGGCCUAAGCAGGGAGCUGGUCAUGGCUGGCUGGCAGCACUGCUCCAAGCUGGAGAUCAUGUUCGAGAAGGAGGAGCAGCGAUCUGAUGAACUGGAAAAGUCCUUAGAGCUUGCUGACUCUUGGAAACGUCAGGGUGAUGACCUCCUAUACUCCAUGAUCCCUCGUCCCAUUGCCGAACGAAUGAGGAACAGCCAGGAGCAGGUUUGUGAGAGCUUCGAGGAGGUCUCCGUCAUCUUCAUCGAGGUCCUGAAUGUCUACGACGGCGGCUUGAACAGCAUUCAGGGAGCCAUGAUGGCAGUGAAUACGCUGAACAAGGUUUUCUCGGUUCUCGAUAAGGAAAUCAUUUCCCCGUUCGUCUACAAAGUGGAGACAGUGGGCAUGGUCUACAUGGCGGUGUCCGGGGCACCGGACGUCAAUCCCUUGCAUGCGCAGCACGCGUGUGAUAUGGCACUGCGCGUGAUGAAGAAGUUUCAUCCCAAGGAUAUGGGCGAUGUGGCUAUUCGGGUGGGCAUCAACUCGGGUCCCGUGGUGGCCGGAGUCGUUGGCCAAAAGGUUCCCCGUUAUUGCCUCUUCGGGGAUACGGUCAAUACCGCCUCCCGCAUGGAGAGCAGCAGUGAUCCCUGGAAGAUUCAGCUCUCCAAAUACACGGCAGACAAGGUGCGAGAACUUGGCUACAAGGUCGAGUCCCGUGGCACUGUCAAGGUCAAGGGUAAGGGCGAAAUGGAGACCUAUUGGCUGCUCGAGGGACCAGAGGGCUAAACGAUUGAAAAGAAAUGAAAAAAAAAAUGAUUUAUGAUUUAAUGUAGAACACCUGCACUCAAAAUAUUGUACUACACUUAUAACUAGUUGCAAUAAAAGAGAAUUUCCCUCUUUCUA